CACUGAUGAUGUUACCUAGAAUGGUGACGAAACGUCUGAAAACUAACCUUCCAGCUCAGCGAGCAAACUCACAUCCAGAAUCUCCUCACUUUAUACAGCAACAUGGAACCGAAAGAAAAAGUGAAUUUUUAUGACUCUUGGGCUCAGGACUAUGAGCAGCACAUGAGUGUGAUGGAAUACCAGGCUCCCAGGUUCGGUGUGGAGACUCUGGACUCUGUAUACCUCGGAGAUCAGGACAUUGCUCUGGUCCUGGAUGUUCCUUGUGGGACGGGGCUAGUGACUGAAGGGCUGCAGAAGCUGGGAUUCAAAAAUUUCCUUGGGAUAGAAGGCAGCAAACGAAUGUUGCAAAUAGCUGAAUCCAGAGGUCUAUAUCAGAGACUGACACAACACAUGGUAACUACAGAUAACCCACUGCCAGUACAACCAGAUUCCUAUGAUAUAGUGAUGAUUGUCGGUGGACUGGCUCAACAACAUCUGCCCUGGGAAAUCCUUCCCGAAAUGCUGAGAGUCACCAAAUCAGGUGGUUUUAUUUGCUUCACAAUGAGAGCUGAGGCGAGUGAUCACAGGCGUAACGUGCUGACUUCAAUCCAAGAGCUGGUGACCAAAGGGCUGUGGGGGAAGGUUGUCAAACGAUACGUGGAGAAGUGGCAGAAGAGUAUGCUGAUGGUGUAGUGGCUGUUUACAGGAAGCAAUAAUGAUUAAUGUUGGUUAUCAUCAAUCCCUGGAUAUUCUGGGAGCAUCACAUUUUAAAAAUAUUAACUGAAUGUAUUGAAUGUGAAAACGAAUCAGCCCAAACUCUCCAAAUACAAAUAAACC